GUCGGUAUUUGUAUCUGUAAAUCAAAGGGAUAUUGUGCUUAGAUUAUCAAAAAACAUAACUCGAGUGCUAGUGUUAAAGAGUAUUGACUGUUGCGGAACAAGGGCAAAUUCGUGAAGUUUCCAUGGUCUUAUACGAGGAAUGGCCGAUUUUAUCGACGAGGCUAGUACAUCACAACGUGGACAUGCGAACCCGAGUGCGAUACAGGCGUAUGAGAUGACACCGGAAGGGGGCGUGGGGUUGGGCGGCGCGUGCGCCGACUCGGCCGGCGCCCUCAUCACCCCGCACCCUCCCCUUCAUCAUCCAGUGCCGCAGACCUCACAGCAACUCCAUCAUGAUCCGCGGAAAACAAAACCCAAUCACUACGUUCCUGAAAACUAUGAGAUAUCGGCGUGCGACUCGCAGCGCCAGUCUCCACACGGACACACGCCGCGGACUCGGACCAACAGUACUCGUAAACGGAAACCAUCGUCCUAUGGAACUGGAAGCGCUUAUGAUGACGACGAAGAAGAUUCAAGAUCCACAACAACUACAACCACGGCGACCACGCGCGGCACUCCCGACAAGAAACAAAAUCAUAGCGAGAUCGAAAAACGGCGACGUGAUAAAAUGAACACUUUUAUAUCGGAACUGAGCGCCAUGAUACCGAUGUGCGGAGCCAUGGCUCGGAAGCUGGACAAGCUGACAGUCCUCCGCAUGGCCGUUCAACACUUGAGGACGGUGCGCGGCGCGCUCUCGGCCUGCCCCUUGACGGCCCGGCCCUGUCCCACUUACCUCACUGAGCGAGAACUAAACGCACUGAUACUCCAGGCGGCUCACGACUGCUUUUUGCUCGUCGUGGGAUGCGAUCGCGGCAGGUUACUUUACGUCUCGGCUUCGGUCAAAAAUAUACUUCAUUACGAUCAAUCGGAACUAUUAGGCCAGAGCCUGUUCGACAUUUUACAUCCAAAGGACGUCGCUAAAGUAAAGGAACAACUAUCAUCGUCAGACCUUAGUCCACGAGAAAGACUCAUCGACGCAAAAACGAUGUUGCCAUUGAAAGCGGACGUAGUAGCCGGCGCGUCCAGGUUCGGUCCGGGGGCACGUCGGUCGUUCUUCUGUCGGAUCAAGUGCAAAUUAGACACAGAAGAAGUCGAAACUCCCCCGCAGCCAGUCAAGGAGGAGGUGGAGCCAGUGGCCAAGAUGCGGAAGAAACACUCUCACGAGAAAAAAUACUGCGUCGUGCAAUGCACAGGUUAUUUAAAAUCGUGGGCGCCAACGAAGAUGUGUGACGGUGCCAGUGCGGAAGGGGGAGAGGAGAGUGAAGCGUGCAACAUGUCGUGUCUAGUGGCAGUGGGCCGAACCUUGGGUGGUUUAGCUCCCACCACGAACUCUCCGACAUCCAUGCCUCAAACCAGACACCUGCAAUACGUCUCACGACACACUACCGACGGGAAAUUCUUGUUUGUUGAUCAGCGGGUGACUCUCGCGCUAGGAUUCUUGCCCCAGGAGUUGCUGGGCACUAGUCUGUACGAGUACGUGCACGGGCCGGAGCUGGGCGCCGUGGCCCGCACGCACAAGGCCGCGCUGCUGCAGCGCGACGCGCUCCACACCCCGCCCUACUGCUUCCGCAGGAAGAACGGCUCGAUGGCCAGAAUACAAACCCACUUCAAACCGUUCAAAAAUCCGUGGACGAAAGACGUCGAGUGCUUAGUGGCCAACAACACCGUCGUGUCGGAGUCCCAGGUGUCGCUGCAGCAAGACACGACGCAAGCAGCGUUUGAUAUUUACAAGCAAAAAUCGGACGUCGAGAUGCAGCGCCUCAUAGACUCGCAAGUCGAGUCCCAUAAGAUCGGCAGCGCCAUCGCCGAGGAGGCUCUGCGGCGGUCGUCGACUGAUUACUCGCCCGACCUGCCGACCGAGUUGCUGCAAGACGCCGUCUUCAAUCAGCAGUUUUCUCCGCUGCAAGUUGCGCUAGUGGACAACAUCCUCGGGACCGACAGUAGCACUUCAAAUCAGGUUCGCAACAACGUGCCCCUGAGUUCAGUGAGCUCCAUCAGCCCGCCGGCGCCGUCGGUGGAAGAGACGACUCUGUGCGACACCCCCCCGCCGCCUUCCCCCCCGCUGCCUUCCCCCCCGCUGCCGCCCCUGGUCAUGGACGGCAAUGGUGAAGCAGCAAUGGCAGUUAUCAUGAGUCUUCUAGAAGCGGACGCAGGUCUCGGAGGGCCGAUCAAUUUUUCAGGUCUUCCUUGGCCUUUGCCCUGAAUUGCCAAACUUGCCAAUUUAAAUAAUUGGCGAUGGAAAGCUGUUGCGGACGUACUUAUGCAGAAAGGACUCCCACAGUCCAUGUAGGUACAUAGUGUAUCGUUUCUAUAAACAAACCGAUAAAUAUCAUGUAGUCUCAGUUACUUACAUCUAAUGCCUAAUUGUUUUUAUUUACUAAAGUUUAUAUUAAGGAUUAAUUGUGGGUUUGCAUUUUCGCUGUAACUGCGUCCGAGUGGUCUAUGAUUCAAGAUUUCUUUUCAAGUUUUCAGGAGAAGUGUACAUGGAAUUUUUUUUAUUAAAAUCCGACGAAAAUUUCGAGAUAAUUUAUUUAUUAUGCGAAGUUAUUCAAAGAGACCACUUUAGAAUUUUGAUUAAAAUCGAGCAGAGCGUCGACUUUAAAUGUUUUUUUUUUAAUAAAACAAUCUUAGACCGCUAGCUUCACCGUCGUCAAUUAUUACUUUAUAAAGUAGCUUCAAUACGGAUGUUAAUGUUUUUGUAAAAUAUCAGUAUACUAAGAGAAAUGUUUAAUAAUUAGAAAAUUUAGGUGUAUCUUACAUCUUAUAGAUAUUGAUCGUAUUGGAAAGUAUUGUUUAAACCGAUAUUCAAAAUAAUACCAAAGCUUAAAGUAUACGUCAUGUAAAGCUUCCAGCAAUUUCUAAAAUUGUUUUUACUAAAACAAAUGAUAAGAUCACUGUCGUUAAUGACAUUAGUGCAAUAACAUAUUUGAGAGGCCUUUUAAUAGUUAUUCGUCUACGCCUGAUACUAUAGCAGUUACAAUAUGCAUACUAUAAGUCUUUUACUGUUCAUUUAACUUAAUUAGUUAGUGGUUGUGGCUGUUUUUCAUUUGACAAUAUCUAAAAUAAAGUAUGUUUUGUAUAGAUCAAUUAUUUUUAAAUACGGUGUAAGGGUUCAGUGACCAAAGUCGCAAAGGGAAUAAUGUACUAACUCAUAUUAAAUAAAUAGCAAAAAACCGAGGAAAAGUGACUGCGAUCUGGCCACAAAUCAGGAGUCCCUGUAUGUUCCUAUGGGAACUAGAAACUGAUAAUAUACGUGUUUAUAGAGUUAAAUAAAUACCUAUACCGAAGUUCGACACCCAGACGAACAGAAAACGAUUUUUUCUAACUUUUGCGCCACCGAGUCUGACGGACUGGGGCAUUGGGAUACAACAUUAAUUGUUCACAAGUAUAGUUGUUAGAAUACGAUUUUAUUAAUAAUUAAUAAAAUGUGCCAUUGAAUUUCAUUGAGAGAAAUCUCUAGUUUCUUCUUUUUUUCAUGUCAAUUGGCUCAUUUGUUAGAUUAUAAAUGGAGUGGAAUGAAAUGAACUUCGUUUCUUUGAAAUCGUAAACCAUUGGGAUGAACUCAAACAAAUUUAAUAUAAUCUACCAGUAAUAUUUUAGAAAUUUUCUAAGAUUUCAGAGGUUUUUUGGAAGAACCUGAGAUGCCACGUCCAGCGACCUUAGUUUAUUUCCCCACACUUGUACACUUACACAGAUACCAAACAUUUAAAUCACCAAUAUAACACGUUUAAGCCUGAAGAAACUUUAAAUUAACAAAGAAAGUAAUUAAUGGGUUAAAAGUCCGUGAAAACAUAUGAGUCACAUUAGAAUUGAACGAAAAUGACAAAAACCAGUGUGUGAAAUCUAGAAAGAAUUUACUAAUGUAAUUGUUUAGAAUAAUCUUUUUUUUAAUUGUCUUUGAAGGGACUCAAAAUGGUUGAGGUGUCUUUUACUAGUGCAAUCUAAUUUUUUUUUAAGUGCGAGGUAGAUAUAAUAUACUCGUGUUAAGUUUGAAAAUGUUAUCGUAAACGAGUUAAUAGCAACGUAACAUUAUUAAAUAUAUAAAUAAUAUUAAUAUACAGUAGUUUAUUUUGUUUUAAAAAGUAAUAUAAUAAAAAAGGGCUUUUAAAUCCGUAGAAUUUAGUAUCAAAGCGAGUUGAUUUUGUUUUUCUUUAUUUUACUAAAAUUCAUGGACACAUGAACUUACCUAUUGGCUGACUUCAUUUGAAAUAUAUCAUAGUGUCAAUUAUAUAUUAGUAAUAUAACUAAUAUCUAAUUCUUAACUUGAUAAUGAUAAUUAUGUUUUAAGCAUUUUUAAAUGCUAUAUUUAAAAUUACAUUGAAUUCAAAUCGCUACUUUUUGAGGAGUAUUAAGUUUCUACGGAUUUAUAAAUUUACACAAUUUUUUAAGCAGAUAGUUAAAAAAAUGUGUAAUAAGUAUGUAACUUUUAUUAAAAUUAUUUUAUGUGCAAUUACUAUAUGCGUAUACUAAUAAAAUGUAGUUAGGUAUUUCAUAAUCUCUGUGGUUUUUAUUAUUAGAUUUACUGUAGUGUUUUUACCAUAGCCUAUUGGCGUGUGUAAUGCCAGGAGUCUACUUGUUAUGAAUAGUGGUGAGAACUAAACCAUGAUUUAUUUAUGUCCCAAUUUAGUUAUAUCUGAGCGCGUAAUAAAAGUGCACUUGAUUAUAAAGUGCUAGGGCCAAAUAAAUAAAUUGGAUACUUUUUUUGAACAGUUUAUUAAUUAAUAAUUUCUAUUACAUAUCAUUUGUAAAAAUAUUAAACAUCUACUUGUGAAUGAAGUUUUACUUCGAAUUCGGCUGUCAUGUGAAAACCUAGCCUUAGUGUUUUUACAUAUUCUCAUAACAUAUUAAUCCUUUAAUCUACAGUCGUUUAUUUUAUACUGCUUAUAAAUUCAGUCACGUCAGUUCUAUAUUCUAUGCAUCUACCUAUUAUUGAAAAUUACAAAAUGUUCAUUAUUACAAAUUUCUAAACAUGACAUACGUACUCGAUCCGCAUCUGUUCAGUAGUUUCAAUGCCAGUCCGGUUCUGACCUGAAGCGAUUUAAUGAUAAGGUACAUGUACAUACAUAUUAUUUAUCUAAAGUUUAGUUUCAACGGAGAAAUUGACUCGACAAAAAUUCUUCAACCCUGAUCAGUGUUACUACUAAGCUUAAUUACUGGUUUUUUUUACUAACUGGUAAAGCAUCUGAUGAUAUGUAGCUUUAAAAAAUUGAUCAUAUAUUGGAUAUAGAAGACAGCUGCUGCAGUUUUGUACGGGGUGUGAUGUUACUAGAUUUUUUAUUUGUCUAUAUUUGAAUCAAUUCGUGAUAUAAAAAACUGGUUUCAUUUUGGAAAUCUUUCACAUCGAAUCUACGAUCGAUGAUCUUUCAUAAUAAUAUUUUAUUGUUUGUAAUAUAAAAGAUAUUGUUUAUUUAUUUUAAUAGUUUAACGAGUUUAAUCAGAUUUGAUAGGUUAGGAAACGGUUUUUUUUUGUUUGGAAACUUUAUUUUGCAAAAUAAGAAUAUUUGCACUCAAUUUAAUUGGAUUGCAUUUAAGAUUGGUAUGUUGUAUAUAAGGUCAUUGGAUUGACUAUUAAAGGUUUACCUAUAUUAAUUAUUAAAAAGUUUUCAUUGUAUGUUAAUUAAUCUAG